UGUGCCGCUACGCCCCGUCCCGGACAAGCCGCGUCGCUCGCAGCGGGAUCUUCCGGGAGGCAGCGGCGCGGCUGCUAACGCGCUUCUAGGCCGGCCGGCGAGAGCGGGCAGAGCGAGGAGGCAUAUCCCUCUGUCUGAAGUACCGAGGAGGAACCCGCGACGCCUGACACGCCACCUUCGCUGCCCGCCCGGAAGGAACUGCCGCCGCCGCCGCCGCCCUCGGAAUUCUACACCAUGUUGGGCUCUGGGUUCAAGGCUGAACGCUUGCGAGUCAACCUGCGUCUUGUGAUCAAUCGCCUCAAACUGUUAGAGAAAAAGAAAACUGAGCUAGCCCAGAAGGCACGAAAGGAAAUUGCUGAUUACCUGUCUGCUGGCAAGGAUGAGCGGGCUCGCAUCCGUGUGGAGCAUAUCAUCCGGGAAGACUACCUGGUGGAGGCCAUGGAGAUCCUAGAGCUCUACUGCGACUUGCUGCUGGCACGCUUUGGCCUCAUCCAGUCUAUGAAGGAGCUGGACUCUGGUCUGGCAGAAGCCGUCUCCACCCUCAUCUGGGCAGCCCCCCGACUGCAGUCGGAGGUGGCUGAGCUGAAAAUGGUUGCUGACCAGCUGUGUGCCAAGUACAGCAAAGAGUAUGGCAAGCUGUGCCGGAGCAACCAGAUUGGGACCGUUAACGACAGGCUGAUGCACAAGCUGAGCGUGGAGGCGCCUCCCAAAAUCCUGGUGGAGAGGUACCUGAUUGAGAUUGCAAAGAACUACAAUGUGCCCUACGAGCCGGACUCUGUAGUCAUGGCGGAGGCUCCCGCAGGUGUGGAAGCAGACCUGAUUGAUGUGGGAUUCAUGGAUGAUGCAAAGAAAGGGGGGCGUGGUGGCGGCGGUGGCGGUUUCAUGGCUCCAGUGGCUGGUCCUGAUGGAGUUGUGCCCAUGCCCAUGCCCUCUCCAGCUCCUCCUUUCUCCUACCCACUUCCAAAGGGACCAGAGAACUUUAACGGGCUGCCUGUGGGCACCUACCAGCCGUUCACCGGUCUCCAUCCCCCUCAGAUUCCAGCAACACCUCCAACAUAUGAGUCUAUCGAUGACAUCAGUGCUGACAAGGAAUUGCCAUCCUCGCAGGUAGCUGGUCCUGGCCCAAAGCCACAGCCCAGGGGGCGGCCUCCGGCUCCAGUGUCUAGUUCGGGGGAUACCUUUGUGCUGCCAGAGUUGCCAUCUGUGCCAGACACGCUGCCCGCUGCUUCUGCUGGCACCAGCACUUCUGCCUCAGAAGACAUCGACUUUGACGAUCUCUCCCGGCGGUUUGAGGAGCUGAAGAAGAAAACCUAGGGGCGCCUGGGCGGGGGGCAGACAGGCCUGGGUUGCUGCGGCCCCUCCCCACAGCACCGCUGGAGUGCGCUUUCCUCUUCCUUCUCUCCUUAACACCAAAUGCCGCUCUGCUUUUCUGAUGUUCAGCUCCAGGAGGGGGGACUGCACAGCCUCUUUGAACCCGGAGCCUCCAGGCGCUUUGCUCUGCCCUCUCUAGUGGGGCAUUGGAGGGGAAAGGGGGUGGUAGGGACACUAGCUGAAGAGUCCAGGCAACUUAGUUGGACAGAAGCCCCCCACCCCCUUCCGGGCAUGUGCUGCUGUGGAGGCUGGGGCCACGUUGUUUUGCUUGCUGCAUUCUCAGGGAGCCCUCUGGGGCCAUUAUGACUUUGCUGUGGGGCACAAGAGGGGGCAAGUCUGCCCUGACCCCCCUCUGGGCUCAGCAGCUGGCAAAGAAGCAGGCAUCUGUGAGGGAUCCCAGCUCUGCCUUAAGGUGGCUCUCCAGGGUCCACGGUAGCUCACUCUCAGGCUAGGUUCAGGGCCAUCGCUCGCCUUCUGCUGUCGCUUCUGGGUCUCCAGCCUCUUACUUUGCCUGCAGGGCAAAGCCAUCCGUUGUGGUGGCGGCGGUGGCAGCACACCCAGCAAUUCUUCCUGCUGCUGUUCUGGAGCAGUAGCAGGAGGCGACCUCAGCUCUCCCGUUAACACCUCUGUAUGUCACUAUUUCACUUGGCUUUUCUGGGACAAUUUAAUGGGUUUGUACCUUCUCUAUCAGUUCUAAAUAAAGUUGAGGAUUAGCCUUG